GUACAUGCUAAUGGCACAUCAAGCCCACAAUAUCCUCCAUCUGUUCAUGCAGAUCGAUCUGGUGGCUUGAGCUUGACAUGGAUAAACCUACUUCAGUCCUACUGAGGAGGGCCCCUGUAAUGAUGGGGAUAGAGAGUAAGAGAGCCAUUGCUCACCGCUGCUAUCCGUUGCCCAAACCUUGGCUUCAUCGCCAGCCUGACUUGCAGACCCGACUUCAAGCGACCCCCAUUCUAAACCCCUGGUUCCGCUUCACCGCCUGCUACGACCCCCGGCCCCGGUCUCCGGAUUCCCGGCCCCGCACGCUCGGGGCGGUUCGGUCACGUCGCUUUGGACCAGGGCAUCUGCCCAACUACUACGGAGCUCUUGUACUAGCAUUCCACUAGAUGAGCCGCCAUUAUGGAGAGGCAAUGGCUGCAGAGAGUCAUGAGAAGAACAAAAGAACAAAGUGGAGAUCAAUGGGCGGCUCUAGCCUAAUUGCCCUUGACCAGAGCCGGGAAGACAGGGGAAACGUAUUCUCGAAAGCUCGCAGACGUGCAAAGAAUACAAGUAGGAGCGCUACUCGUGCUAGAAGGCACAAGCCUGGCCGAUAAACGGCCCCCAAAUAGCACUAUGCUGCAAGUUUGAGAACGACCGGGGCGUCUCUCGGCGCCCUGAGGCCACCUAGCGCAGCCAGCGUAGCAUGCGGCUGCAGUUCUCUCCCAAGCAAACGCAA